AUGACUGUCAAAAGAGAACCGCCAAGAUAUCGGCGUCGACGUUAUCCAAGUGAUGGUAAGCGUCAAGUCGAACAAUCUCGUAUCAAACCGAUGGAAGUUAAUGUAUGUAUUCAUCGAGUUAAUGGAUGUAUAGAACGUAAUGGUGUUAUAGGAGAUAUUGAAAUUAUAGGAGGUGAUGGAGAUAAUGGAGGUAUAGAAGGCAACGGAGGUAUUGAACGUAUCGGACGUAAACGAGCUAAUCGAGGCAUAAGAGCUAAUCAAAGUGUAGGAGGUAAUAAAGCUAAUGGAGUUCAUGAAGAUGUAGGAGGUAUUGGACGUAUAGGAGGUAAUAAAGCUAAUGGAGUUCAUGAAGGUGUAGGAGGUAUUGGACGUAUAGGAGGUAAUCGAGCUCAUGGAGGUAAUAGACGUAAUGGAGGUAUAAAAGGUAUUGGAAGUAUAAGUGGUAAUGGAACUCUUGGAGGUAUAGGAGGUUAUGGAACUAAUGGAUGUACAGGAGGAGUUAAUGGAGGUAUAAGAGGUAUUGGAAAUAUAGGAGGUCAUGGAGCUAAUGGAGCUAAUAGACAUAAUGGAAGUAUAGAAAGUCAUGAAGGUGUAAGAGGUAUUGAAAGUAUAGGAGGUAAUGGAGUUAAAGGAGGUAUUGAACGGAUCGGACGUAACGGAGCUAAUGGAGCUCAUGAAGGUAUAGGAGAUAUAAGAGGAGGUAAUAGAGCUAUUGGAACUUAUGAAGGUAUAGGAGAUAAUGGAGCUAAUAGAGAUAUGCAAGGACAUGUUUCUCGAAGCGAUGAUCACAAUAUAUCUGAUAUAACAUCGACAACCUGUCCAAAUUUAAAGCAAUUAACAAUAACAUGUUAUCGCAGUAUUCUACAUUAUGAUCGAUUUAUUCUACAUUUUUCCCGUUUAUCAACUGUCGAACAUUUGACAUUAUCAUUGGCUGUUGGUGCAACUCAAGCUCUUCCUCGUCUUAAAACGUUAGAUGUAUUUAAUCAACUUGAACAAGAAGAGACGAAAAGUACUACAACAAAAUUUAUUGUAUUUCCUCAUUUAGCUGCACUUAUUUUACAUGAUAUACAUGUAGACUAUGCUGAACAACUUCUCUGUCGAAGUCAUCUUCCACAUCUGAUCGAACUCGUGAUUCCUAAUAAUGCACUGUUACUUAUCAUCGCUAACAAUAAUCAACAAACAAAAGAUAAUUGUGCAAAAAUUGAAAAAGUUCGUAUUGUUGAACCAUGGGUCGAACAAAUAAGUGUUCAGUUGAACUUUUUUCCGUCAGUUUAG